GCGGGGCCGUGCGUCACGUGGACCUCUCCCGCCGCCGCCGCCGCCACUGCCGCCGCGGUCUUUCUCUGUCUCAGCUGAGGCAGCCAUCUUGCUCUUGCCGCGUGCUGGUGUUGGAGGACCCUCCCCGCUGCAGGUGAGACCCCCGGCGGGCCCGCCACCCCACGGCCUCCGGCCGCUGCGCACGGUCUCCCCCCGCCCUCCCCUCUCGACACCCGCCGUCCGCUCCGGCUGCCACUUCCGCCGUGGCGCGGCGAGUGGGGGCGGAGGCGGCCGGCCGGGCCUGUCGGUUACGGGCGGCGCAGCUGGGGGUCGGCACCUGAGGGAAGGUCCCCAGCACCACCGCCCGCUGUGGAGGAGCCGGGCCCGGGCUCGGGCCGCUCAGGUCCAGACCCAGGAGGGUAGAACCCUCCUCGUCCCAUCACUCAUUAUUCACAACCACAGUGUCAGACGCUUUGAGCAGCAAAUCUGUUGUCAUCUCUUUUGCUCCUCCCAAACUGAGAUUUAACAACAGCAUGAAUCAAGAAAAGUUAGCCAAACUUCAAGCUCAGGUCCGGAUAGGGGGCAAGGGUACAGCUCGCAGGAAGAAGAAGGUGGUACAUAGGACAGCUACUGCUGAUGACAAAAAGCUUCAGAGUUCACUAAAGAAACUGGCUGUGAACAAUAUAGCUGGUAUUGAAGAGGUGAACAUGAUUAAAGACGAUGGUACAGUUAUUCAUUUCAACAAUCCCAAAGUCCAAGCUUCCCUCUCCGCUAACACCUUUGCAAUUACUGGUCAUGCAGAAGCCAAACCAAUCACAGAAAUGCUUCCUGGAAUAUUAAGUCAGCUUGGUGCUGACAGCUUAACGAGCCUUAGAAAGUUAGCUGAACAGUUCCCACGGCAAGUAUUGGAUAGUAAAGCGCCCAAGCCAGAAGACAUCGAUGAAGAGGAUGAUGAUGUUCCAGAUCUUGUAGAAAAUUUUGAUGAAGCAUCGAAAAAUGAAGCUAACUAAAAUCCUCUGGGUUUUGGAAGCUGGCAUGGACUAGAUUUAACAAUCAGCUCUGUUGUUCCAAAGUUUUACAGACAUGGAGAACACACCUGUUAUUAGUUCAGUAAUAUAAAUAUUUUGUAUAUUAAUGAUGCUGCCUGCUCAGCAGUUCUCGGUCAUUUGAUUUUGCAUUUUGCACUUCUUCCCAGGAUCUAUCUUCCCAGGAUCUGUUCUUUUGGUCAAAAUAUGAAGUAUUGGUACAGUUUGAGGGUGGUUUUUGGUUUUUUGGGGGGUGGAACUUUUGGUGUGUAUGUAUAUGUAUGUGUGUGGGUAUGUGUGUACACAGUGGACAGCAGAUUUGAUAACAGUUAUAUCUAUCCUAUUCCUUCCCCCAAUAGAAAUAAAGCAAAUCUUUACA